AUAAAAUAUUUUAAGGGUGUUCUACUCUGGGAGUAACAAAUAAUACUAGAUAAUUCAGUUCAGGUUGACAGUCGUGCUACUGGUCGAUUUGAACACAGGUAAUGUUUACCUGAUGACAAGUAGUCUGCUAUUUAAAUGGACGAUACAGCCGAUGCGUCGGUUCUGCCAGUGGACUUCGAAGGAAGGUAAAUUUAAAACUGUAUCAAUUCAUCUCGAGAUUCUCGUCCAUUUCACAAUCAAAAUUAAAUUUCUUUCUUUGUCAUUUUUUUUUUUUUUUUUACAAGUUUUCUUUAGUAAUUAGACCAACAUUCUAAAAUUAUCUAUUUCUCCUCCUGGCUUUCGUCUGUUAAAAUUCAAAUAUCAGCGCUCGAUAUUCUUUUUACUUACUUUCCCUGAAGAAGAUUAAAUGCACAUGAUAGUCACAGUCUGUAUUUACCAUCCGCGGCACUUUCAAAAUAGAACUUUAUUAGGCAAUUAUUUAUUAGGAGCUAUACAUUAUUAAUAUUAAUAAAUUAUGAGGCACCCGUUUUAAACUUAGACUUAGAUGUCCCCUUUGUAUAUUUAUUUAUUUAUAUUUAUUGCUACUUGUAAUACAGAAUCAUGAUAAUAAUAGUAUAAACUAGAACAAGAAAAAGUCUAAAUUUGGUAUUGACACAAUUCAUGUCAUAAUAAUAAUUUGGGCUGGGGCUCAUUUAUUAUUAUGACUUAUGAGUCAUGAGAAUAUUUACAUGACACAUGCCAUCAUCAUAUAAUAUAUUCAAAUCAUGAUUAUUGGCUGCGGCUAUUCGGUCCCGGUAUCAGAAGUGAGAAGUUGUGUUUAUUAAAAAUUAUUAUUGUUGGGUUUUUACAACAAAAUUUGGUAUCGAAUGAUAGAUAAUUGAUAAAGGGACCAUGGUCCGAAUAGGCUGAAUAGCGGCAAUGCGUGUCUGGAUCCAUUUUGACUAAAAGCUAUUCGGAUGUCAUUUGUCUUUGUCGUACUUUAUUUUAGUUAAACUGAGCAAUUAAGUUUACAAACAUAUAAUAUAGUCUAUUCAAUUAUCUUUCAUUCAAUACCAAAUUUUGUCUUACAAACCAAACAAUAAUACAUUAAACAUAUUUUAAUCCCAACCUUUCACUUCUAAUAGCCGGGUCCAAAUAGCCACUUCAAUCAUGAUUAUCAUGUGUUAGGCCUAAUAGUUUAAUUAAUACUAUUAAUAGCUAAAUUAAUACAAUUGGAGCUUGGAGAUGGCAAACAGAUUCUUCAAGAAGGGUUUAUUUUACAAUUACGUGAGGGGGGGGGGUGUGUCUAAGAUCCAAGAAUAUUUUCCGGCUGCUUAAAUUGAAGUUGGCUUAACUUUUACUUUUAUAGUAUACUUUAUUAUAAUUAGCACAAAUCUUACUCAGAGAUCCUUUAUAAAGAAGGGUUUAUUUUACAAUUACGUGAGGGGGGGGGGGUGUGUCUAAGAUCCAAGAAUAUUUUCCGGCUGCUUAAAUUGAAGUUGGCUUAACUUUUACUUUUAUAGUAUACUUUAUUAUAAUUAGCACAAAUCUUACUCAGAGAUCCUUUAUAAUUAUAAAGUUUACUUAAGCUUAGCCUAAAGAAUUGUAAGGUUUAUUUUACUUAGGCCUAAGCAUACUACUUAUGCUUACUGAGUUACUGAACUGAAUAUAAUCUGAUAAAUUAAUGAGAUUUGUAAAACUUCAGUUUUAUAUAAGCAGUGAAGUGACAGAACUAUGUGCUUCAGGUAUUUUGAAAGAAAUACUUGGGGGUCACGGUUGACUUGUCUUAACCCUUUGUUUCUGCUGGUUAAGCCUUAGUCAUUUCUAUACCAGGCCCCUGCAUUCAUGAUAUAUCAAUAGUUUUAAUCAUUUUAUUUAGGUCACUUAUAUGUGUAUGUUUAAAUAUUUGAUUCUUCUAUUCAGACAUUCGACCAAGUUCAUGUUUUUUUAAAAAUUGUUUAGCUGAGCUCAACUGUAUUUUUUUAAGAGCAGUUUUCUAUAAUGAAUUUAUUCUUCUUUAAAGACAUUCACAAUUCAGCCUACAUAUUGUAUUUAAAUUAUCUGUACUGUUAGAUUUACAAAAAAACAUUAAGAGGAAUUGAACCAUGAACACUGUAAGAUGAGAAGGUUAUUGUUUUUCUGUGGCUGUGUUCUUUUUAUUGUCUAAGAAUCUUCUUGGGUACAUAAGUGUGAUAUUGUUAAUGAAUAAUUAAAGCACUGAGACUUGAAUGAAUUUACAUACACUCUUCUUAGUUUUGUGGAACAAAAUCAAUGUAAAAUAUGAAUGCCCCAUCCUAUUAGUUUAGCUACCUCUGUAAUCAUUUAUGCAGCGUGACCUUUUAGGUGACUGAGUGCUAUUGUCAAAAACAUGUGCUGCUGGUGUUAGUGCAUUCCUUCCUUUUUGUUUAUUCUGCCUAUAUGACUUAUCUCACUAGAUAGGAUCAUGAAUCAUAUUCUGUAAACGCUAUCGUCUUGAUUUUUUAUUUUUUUUACUUAAAUCUUUAGUCUUGACCCUGUCAGGCUUCCUGAGGUGACCUUUGGGAACCACUCUCUCAUGGCCACCUGUGACCCGGGCUCACCAAGUAAGUUUUGAUUUAAUUUCAAUGUUAUUUUCACAGGAGCUGAAUGACUUAUUCCUUUUCUCAUAGGUGGAUAUAAUUUUUUAUGAACCUUAUUUCAAGUGCAUUUAUAGUAUCUCUUGCUCCUGUGUUGUGAUUUAUAAAUCGCUAUCUAUUGAAUUGUUAGAGAAAAGUUGACUUAUUCCAUCAUUUGUGUGUAUUGAGUUUGUUUGAAAGCAUUAUAAAUGUCUCUGUAAACAGAUUUGUAUCUUUCUUUAUUUUACAGUGGUGACCAAAUCUAACAGUGGAAGAAUGUCUCCUGUUCGAAGUCGUACAAUGAAGGAAUAUGACCAGGUGGGAAAUUUCACCUGUGAAUGACUUGCUAGUUCAUUUAGUAGUCACAUUUUGCUCUCCUGUCCUUUUUCUUACCAAGGAUUGGUUCAAAUUCCCAAUUUUGUAAUGAAAUUUCAGAAGUGAUGUAUGCUAUAUUGAAUUGGUUUAUGAAGUCCUAUGUGGCUGUUACAAUAGUGUGCUAAUUUUAUUGUUCACCUUCACUCCAUCAGCAAAUCUCCGAUCUAAAAAAAGAGAACUUCAGUUUGAAGAUGAGAAUCUAUUACAUGGAGGAGAGAAUGCAGCAGCGUUAUGGUGAUGGCCAGGAUGUCUUUAAAACUGUAAGGCUUGGAUCUACUUCAUAACAGCUAUAGAAAACUUUAUUCAUACAUGCUUUUGGACAGCACUCCAGGGAAUAGAGCAGAUAUUUAUUCAUAUUGUUCAUUUAAAAAUAUAGGUUUGUAAAACUUAUGUAUGAUUGUUUUAUUGUAGAUGCACUUGACAAAUGAUUAAUUUUGAGCUAUAAUUUUUUGUUCUUCAGAACAUAGAACUUCAAGUGGAAAUAGAAAAUCUAAAAAGAGAUUUGAUAGAUAAACAAGUCCUUGUUCAGAAGGCUGCGUGAGUAGCCAUUUUUUUAAUUUUGCAAUUAUUUGUAUUUUUUCUGAAGUGAUUUUCCCCCUUUUGGUUAAUAUUUUCUAAGACUUAUUAUCAUGAAGUUUGUAUUAUUAUGUACUUGUGAACAUCUUACAGAGUUGCAAUGAAGACCUUGACAGACAAUCAUGAACAAGCUGUAGAAACCAUGAAGAACAGAGUUCUAACAGAGCACAGAGAGGAAAUGAAUCAUCUUAAAGAGCAAGCAGAGCUUGCCAUCAAGGUAGUUCAAUUUUAUGUUGUUUUAAAUUUCAGUCAUGUCUGUUUUAAAGUUGGACAUUUUCUUAAGUACUAAAGCAUUACCUUGUUUUAUUUUUAUUCCUCUGAAUUACUCUUUCCAGGAUUGUGAGAAAUAUCGCAAAGAAUCUGAGGAUUCUGCUAAAAAAUGUGAAGCUUUAAAACAAUCUCUGGAUGAAAUGACAUCGGAUCGGAAUGAUGCCAACAGGGCUAAAGAGGUGAAAAAAAUUCUUAAAACUUAUCUAGGAACGAAUAAUUUGAAUAAUUUUAUUUUUUCUAAAUCCUUUAAAAAAAAUUUUCCUUGAAAUGAAUAUUACAUUUUAAAUCAUUUUCUUUCUUCACAGGAAUUGAAAAAUAAAGUGAAAAAUGCUGAGUUGUAAGUUAAAAUAGAACUGUAUUUUUAAUGCAUGCAUUUUUGUGGUGCCUCGUAAUUCUCAAAAUUAUUUUACAAUUUUUAAAUUAUCUUCAACGUAUGUCAUCUGAGGCUUGAACAUUAUGAGAUUUCACAUUUUUUAUUAGUUACGAUUCUUUUUCCUACGAUAAUUUCAUUGGUAACAAUUGUAUGGCAUAAAUUUCAGUGACGUCCAAACAUUGACUGCCCAGUUGAAACUCUCAGAGCAGACCAGGUCAGAUCAAGAGAAGGAAAGAUCCACUCUCCUUCAGCGUCAAAGAGAAUUGGAACAUCAGCUGCAGGAUGCUCGCAAGCAGUCAGACCGUAAAGAUAGAGACAUCGGGGUAAAUGCCUCACUGCUAUUUAGACAAUUAUUUGAGGUUUUUUAAAAAAGAUUAUUUAUUCAUAUUUAAACUUUUAAUCUCUUAGUUUUUCAGUUGUCACAAAAGUCUGAAAAUCCACAAAGCCUUGUGUACUGAUUUAAAAGAAAUAAUUGGUUAAGCUUUCAACAGUAUCCUAAUGUCAGUUGCUCAGCACUGACCAAAAAGUAGUUUUUGAGUAUCUUAAUAUUCGUAUUUACAGAGGUCUCAAAGUUAUUAAAGCACAUUUUAUUUUCAUCAAGUGCAUGGCCUGUUUUUUUAUAUUUUUUUUAUUUGUUGCACUACUUUUUUUUAAAUUCCAAAUUAUUUAUUUAAUCCUGGCAUGAAUGAUGUCUGCAUUGCAUUUUUGAGAAACAGCUCUCUGUGAUUAAAAAUCUUUAUUUUAAAAACCCUUUGCUGCCUUUCAGCUUUUUUCUCAACAGUAUUGUGAACAGGCUUGACUUAAUAUAUAUUCCUUGUUUUUCCUUUUUGUUCAGUUUUGAAUGUCUCUAGUGUUUCCUAUCAGCUGUAUCUCUACAGUUUCCAAUCUGUUUCAUGCUUAUGAGCUAGUCCUUCAAUUGUUCUGUGUCUCUACCGUUUCCUAUCAGCCUGGUCUCUACCAUUUCCUAUCAUCUGUGUCUCUACCAUUUCCUAUCAUCUGUGUCACUACAGUUUCCUGUUUCCUGCUUGUGACCUAGUCCUGCCAUUUUUCAUUUAUUUGGAAUGCCUGUUUGUUUUGUUUAGAACCUUUCUUCCAUGCUGCAAAACCAGUCCCAGGUAGACUGCACGUCCAUCUUGGAGCCUGUGCACAUGCAGGUUUGAAAUUUGUUUUGCCCUCUCUUACUGCACUAGCUGGUGUCCCAGUCAGCAAUUUUUCAUAGAUCUCGUGCUUUGAUGAUUAAAUACUAUUUAUUAUUAAGAGGGGCUUUUAUUUUUCUUUGAUCUGUUGCUUUUGGCUGGGGUUGUGUUUUGUAGGUCUGUAUGAAAUGCAGGUGAUUGGUAUUUUUAGACAUGUUUUAUCUUUGAUGGACAUCUUAUGUGCUUUUUAAUAUAGAGAUUUACUUGUUUACUUUCUAACAACAAGGUGAUGGCUGUCUAAUAUUUUCUUGAAUUUGUUUUCCAAUUUCAUCAUAAUUUAGGAUUAGUUUAAGAUGGCAAAAAUUUGGGGACAUGGUAUCUCUAAUGCUAUUGUUUUUUUGUUGUAUUCUAUUAUGUGACCUUAACUUUUCUCCGGACAGUGCUAACAUUUAUUUUUUGCUUUAUUUUUUUAAUACACUAAUAAAAUGCACAUACCACUCACCGCAUAUAUGUGCAUUAUAUACUCAUUCACGUCUGUUUUGUUCAUGAGCCAACCACUUUAGUUUUUGCCAGGGGAAGCUUGAAAAGUGUAACCCGCUCAAUAGCCAACCUCUGUACAAGCAAUAUGGUAUUCAAAGAAUUUUAAAAAUCAUCAAAUAAAAAGGGCUAAUCAUGUGUCCAAAUUUUGCAAUUGCCAAUUCUGCACAUUGCUUUCUGAAGAUUUCCGUACUCCAUACAUUAAUUUUUACUUCACUCUUUUCUAUAAUAAAAUUAAUGUACCUGGAGAGAAUAAGUUGGCUUAAGAACGAUUAUAUGCAAUAAUCAUAUAUCUACAAACAUAUUCCCUUUCCUUGCUUAUGUACCUAAUGUUUAUUUUAUAUUUCUUUAUACUUUUAUAAAAAGCUUAAUUUAUUUUGUUUUCCCAUUUGUCUUUAGUUUAUGUUUUAGUUAUUUUGAGAUAUAUACCUGCACAUUCUUCAUAUCUUGUGUAUGCAUAAUUAUGCCCCACAUCAUUAAGAUGUUUUAAUAAUUGUGUUAUAAAAGUUAACGAUCGUAUGCUUAAUCUUUUCAUUGUUUCUGUAAUGUAGCUGUGGCAUAUAUUUGUCAUUUCUUUCUAAUACAUUUCAUUAGUAUAAAAGGGCACAACUUGUUACUAAAAUUACAUUUUGAUAAAAAAAAAACGUUGAAUUGCACUUGAUGGUGUUUGCCCACAAUAAUUAUCUUUUAAAAAAGUUAUUCUAUUUUUAGAAUUUCUUUACAAUCAAUAAUACAAUGACAAUAAAUUUUGUUAACCGAGACUAAAUUAUUUCUACUCUUAUUCAUGACGUCUAUUUUUUGUGUGACUCUGUUACCUUUAAUCUAUUUCAUUUUGUUAGUUUAAACUAUUUUCUUAAAAUCUGAUUAAACUGUUUUCUUAGAGCUGAUUAAACUAAUUUUUUUAAAGCUGAUUAAACUAAUUAGUUCACCUGUUUGAUUCAUGAUUAAAUAAAGAAGUCGAACAAGAAAUUUUUAGGCUUGAAAAGAAAAUUUCAUAACUAAUUUAAAACAGGGCAAGAUAAUUUAAAGUAUAUGUUUCAUGUUUUGUGUGGUCCUUUUAAUUGCCCUUCAAGCUUAAACUUGUCUUGUUCCAUUAUUGAUUUACUUCAUACGGCUUGAACACAGUCCUUCAUAUAUCAUCCUGGAUUAUUCAGCCGGUUGAAUAUCAUCAUACUUGAAAGACAUUUUCUUUAUCAGAGUAGUUCAUGUAUAGCACAGCCUAAUGCUCACACUUUUUACAGGAUGAAUUGGAGGACCAGAAGGAAGCAGUGCGGCGUAAAGAUGCCAAAAUAAAAGAUAUGGAAGAGCUGCUGAAACAUAAAGAUGAUGUCUUGAAGGUAACAUUUUUAGUUUUAAGAAUGCAUAUGGAGACGAUUACACAUUUUCUUGGAGAAAUUAUUUUGCUUUGAAUAACUUGUCCAUCUUUAGAUUUGCUUAGUACUGCUAUUAGCAAUUUUUAAAAAAUGUAUUUUUAUUGACAGAAACUUGAGGAUGCUUUGAAGGACAUGGAGAAUCUCAAAAAUGUGAGAUACACAUAAUUUUCUGUCUUUGUUUGUAUUUUUGAAAAGAUUUAUAAACAUAUUAUUUUAAUGUGUUGCCAAAUGGACAGAUUUCAUUUUUAAAACUUGUGUGAAGUCCAGGAUUCCUUACCAUGCUACGCCUUUAAGUUGUUAAGACUCCAAACGUAACCAGAAAAGAAAAAAGGCCAAAAUGUAUUUAUAUUCCAUUAUGUUUUUAAAAUUAAGAAAGCAGAAAAUGAUCUUGAGCAGACCACAGGUGACCUGGAGAAGAAAUCUAGUGUUCUAGAUCGCUACAAGAUAAGCGUUGAAGGUCUUGUCCGAGCAGUGAGAGACAAAGAAAAGGAGGUCAGCCAUUUUUUUUUUGUUUUUUUAAAUUUUAAGGCAAUAUCUCUAAAGAUAAACUUGAUAUGUUCAUAGUGGUGUGUCAUUUUUGUCAGUGCUGGAAAUUGUGAAAGUGAUUAAUUUUAUUUAAAAAUAUUCGGCAGAUCUAUAUUGCAUGUAACGCCAGCCAUUAAUGAUUUUUGUAAAAAAAAAAAAUUUCUUCUCAGUGUAAAAAUAACAUUAAGAAAGUUGAAGAAGCAAAACAGGAAGUGAGCAGCCUCCGUGAGGCUUUGAGGGCAGCCGAGCUUGAAAAAACAAAAGUAAGCAUUAUUUCGUUUGUUGUGCUAAAUUGCUUUUAACAGUGACAAGUUUUUUUUCUGUUAAGAGCCAAUCUAAUGUGAGAAUAUUGGUUCUAUGAAAUCUGUUUUUCUAAAAUUUUGACUUGCCUUAAGUUAAGUUCACUUUCACUAUAGUUGGUUUCAUUAUUUAUUUGGUUUGAUGUGUGUGAUGUGAGUUCCCUGUGGUUUGAUGUGUGUUCACUGUGUAUAUUUUAUUUAACCCAACUCCUAGCAUGUUAACUUGUCACGCAUGGCAGUGCUCUCUGUGCACAAUUUUGCAAAAAGUCAUCACUUGAAUAACUACCAUUGUAAAUGUAAAAAAAACGUUAUUUUGUAGAUAUGCUGUGAUUGUUGUUUUGAUUAAGAGUGGAUUUGCAUUUGUUAGUAUUAAAUUUUCUUUUAGGCUUUUUGUGUGGUAAUGAUAGUAAAAUGUUUAUAAAAAAUUAUCUAAUAAUAUAGUACAUAAAUAGUUUGGAUAAAGUACAUAGUUGAAAUUUACACCAAAACAUAUUUUUAAUUUUAAUAUUUAAAUAUUUUUUCUUGGUUUCACAAGAGUAUCAAUUCAUCUAAAAAUAUUUGUAUCAUUUAACACAAAAAAGCUAUUUUAUAAAAAAAAUGUUUGCUACAUAGUCCCAAUGCAUAACAAAGAUAAAUACCUGUGUGUUGAUCCCUGCAUGCUCUAAUGAUCUCCGUAAUUAUAGGCUGUUAGUAGCUUAAGCAGCCAGUUGACAGAGAGUGAGGCCAGCAACAAGAGAAUGGAGGUCCAGUUAAAUGAAGCUAACACUUUGUCUGAGGUAGUGUUUCUGAUUCAGGGAUUCUUAAGAUAUAAUGUUAAGUUCCUAUUUGUAUCACAAGUCACUAUUCCCAGGGGUGGCCAAGGUACAGCUCACUAGAGCCAUGAUGCUUGCAAGACAUGCAUCAAUUGUUUUGAAAUAAUAGUGUACAUUGCAGUGAAUUUAUUUGGCAAACCGGCUUUUAUUUGUGUGGAAAUGCAUAAAAAUCAACAAACUGUACCCAAUAUGUUAGAGCAUCAUAGAAAUAUAAGGGACCGUAAACAUAUCAGAAUUAUAAUAUCAAAACAAAUUGCAGCAGGUUACUUAUGUGUUAGUUAUUAUUUUUAAUGGAGUUUUUCUUUUAGUCUCCUUUAAGACCUUUAAUAUUAUUGUAAAAUAUUCCUAUUUAUAUAUAAGUUUAAGCAUUACUUUUAGAACCUAUUUUGUGGUCACAAUCAAUUCCUUUGCUCGUGGUCCCACAAGCUACAUUUCUGGAUAAUCAGCAGAUGGUUAAAAUCAAUACCUAUAGCCAGAAAGAUUAUGUUUUUUGAAUCAGUAUAUCUUAAUUUAGCAUGCCCUUUCAGCAUGUCACGAUCCACAAUGGCACUAUUUAUAUUAUGUUGGCAUGAUAUAUUUUAUUAGCAUUUAUAGUUUUUUUUAAAGAUUACAAAUGUGUGAAUAAUAAUUCAAAAUAGAUUAACGUUGUGAUGUGCAGUGAUUUUUAACACAUUUGUAAAGCAAUCAUGUCAAGGUAAAGAAACUAAUCUAACAGCUAACAUUGAAAUAAAUAGUCACUUAAAUAGUAAAGUCAAAACACUUUAAGAACAUUAAAUAUUAAUUUAAUUUUUUUAAGAUUUAGACAUUUUCUCUUAUAUAAUCUUAGUUUAAACCGUUUUUUCAUUAACUGUUCUUCUUGAAAUUCACUUCAUUUUCUUAUGUUCUUAUAAUUGAGCAUGCAAGUUUUUGCUUGCCCUGAUGAUUUGUUUUCCUGUAAGAUAAAAAAUAAUUCAUGCAAUGAUUUUAAUUAGUUAAUGAUUCAUAAGCAGGUUAUGACUUUAGAUGUUUCAGUUCAUAAUUUUUAAAAUUGUGAGAGGUGAAAGGUUCUUGAUGCAUUUAGUUUGAAGAUAGUGCCUUAUUAAUAAUACUAUUUAUAAUGACCAUGCAUUUUCCUAUAUAGAACCUCAUCAUGUCUCUGGGCAAGAAAGAAGGUGAGCUGGCGGGGUUCCAGGACCAGCUCCGUAAGGCCAUGGAUGCCCUUAACAAGAGUGAGGAGGCUGUUGAGGUAAAUCACUUGCUCCCUGUCUAAGGCCAAAAGUCUCAUAAUAAAUUAUGUUAAACUGAUCUAAAAUGUUUAAUUGUUGUUUUAAUAGAAGUAACAAAAAGGUGAAUUAAAGCAAAUAUGUUUUUGUUAAUAUUUUUUUUUUGACAUGUUAUUUUUUUUUUUUACCCACACGUUGAAUUGUAUUUUAAAUACCUUUAUCAAAUUUAAAAGUUAGUACCAAAAAAAAAUUGUUAAAAAAUCUUUAAAAGCUACAAGUUUUUUAAAGGGUAAUUUUCUUUCAUAUAUAACUGUUAUAGAGAUUACUUUCUGAAUUCUAUUUUAUCAGGCAUUGCAAGCCCAACUUAAAGCUGAGCGAGCUGACUUUGAAAAUCAACUGAGUGAGCAGGCCUUGAAUUAUAAGGUAAAAAAACUUAAUACGAAUUUUAUUCUUUGAUUCAGUGCAUGCAUAAACCUUAAAUUUGAAAAUAUGUAGUUGAUAGUAAGCUGGGAUGUAUUAAAACGGUGUAACUUAUUAUUUUUUUAAAUCUUUUUUCAGAUGGCUUUAAAUAACAAGCCAGACUCCAAGACUGAGGUGGAAGAGUUAAGAAAACAGAUUGCUGAUUUACAGAAAGAGAUUGUUGAUUUACAAAAACUGAUAGCAGUAAGAGUUAUAAUUCAUAGGCCUUGACAUGUUGUCAUAAAGAUAUAAUGAAAGAAGUAUCCAAAUUUGUCCUGGGAUAUUGAAAAAUUGUUGUUUUAUUUGUGUGCAGAAAAUUGGAUUAAUCAUUUUCUUUUCUAUCAUGGUUGGGGCAUGUCAUUUUAGCCAUGACUUAUCCACCCUGUUGUCUAAACCAAAAAUGUAAACUUUAUGAUUCAUUCAGGUGUCGUCGUCCCCCCACCCAAAAAAAUUGAGCCAUAUUUUAUGCAUUUUGUUUAAUAAGAACAAUUCCAAAACAAACUCAAAGCUAAGUGGUACUGUCACAGUUGACUUUAGAUUUUAUAGUAUAUUAUUCUGCUGGACUAAACAAUUUAACACACAGAAGGGGAAAUUUAGAUUCCAUAAGAAACCAAAAUGGGCAAACAUUGGAUGAACAUUUUCAAAAAAAUAUUUGAAAGAUGUCUAUUAAUCUAAUCCUUUGGCCAAAGCAUUGUCAUAACACAUUACAAUUAUAGCCUCACACAGAAAAGAACUUAACAAAAGAAUAGGUCAUAUACGAUGUUUAUAUCUAGCUGUGGCAACAAUUAAAAUUGUUUCGGGUGAGAGAGUAUCACAGGUUACAACCAUUCUUCACAAGUUAUUUUUAAUAUCUUAUUUUCUGCAAUAGAUAGAGCAUAUUGUAUAUAUUGGUAACUUUUUGUAACCCAUUUUUAUCUAAGUUUUAAACGGAAAAUAGAAUUAAUAUCAGAAAGCAAUUUACUUGGAGAUUCCCCCGGCUUUUUAAUGUGACAUAUUAUAUAUUAUUUACUCUUUCUCAGAGUCAAACUGCAGAAUUGCUGGCAUUUACUAGAGAUAAAACAGACAUCGGACAACUGAGUGAAAAGCUCAAGGCAAGAGAAAGAGACAUACAGGUAAAUAUUUGAUUAGAAAGUGUUCUUUCUUGAAAAAUGUCAGAUUUAUGAUUAUCUUAAAUUCUAGGGUUUAUUUCUGUUUCAGUUGAAAUAAUUUGUUGUUGUUUUUUCAAGUAAAUGGAUUUCCAGAUGUUGAACUCCAGAACAUCUCCACGCCAAUGUACACAAAGAAGUGUCAUCUUUUUUUAUAUUCCUGAACCAAUACACAUUUUCGGGUUAUUUUAAUAAAUUAUCUAAGCAUUACUAUCCAUCCUAGAGGUAUUACUAUUUUGUCUGUUUUUCGAUCUCCCUGCAAAUUAGGCUACUAUAAUAUUAUUUUUCUUGUGAUCUUAGAAUUCAUCUGAUUAGCAAUAGUGAGAUAUGACUGCUUUCAACUUAAAGUGUAAUUGUUCUCUUAGGAUAUGUCUGAUCAGCACAAACAAGAUAUUGCAGCCUUGUCAAAAGAGUUAGAGAACCUGAGAGCAGAAAACAAGGGUCAUGACGAACGCAUUCACAGACCCAACAUGUACUACAGUUCUCAGGUGUUUAUUGAUUCUUUGGAAAAUGAUUAUUGUCUUAUAAAAUUUUACUUUGUCAUGACUUGCUAUGCAUUGAAAUGUUCCAUAAUUAAAGACAUUGACAUUAGAACCCUCUCAAUCCCAAGAACUCAAUCUCAAUCGGUGAACGCUCCUUCUGCUUCCAUGGGCCCACGUUCUGGAACCAGCUCCCCUUCCAUAUACGUCAUAGUGAAACCUCGUCCAUUUUCAAAAAGUCCCUUAAAACUCAUCUGUUUAGGUCCGCCUACCUUGCCCUACCUCAUUUUCUGUUUCGGGUUGAUCCUGAAGUGUCAAAGUGUCCUCGUUUUAUAGCCAUUUUCAUUGUUUCUAUAGAAUAGUAGUUACUAUCCUAGUGUCUCAUUUGUAUUUACUUAGUUGACAUGUUUAAUAAUUGUAAAGCGCUUAGAGCUUUAUGAUAAGCGCUAUAUAAAAAUGCCUAAAUAAAUAAAUAAAUGUAUUUUUGCAGUCAAAAUAAGAAAUGAACAUAUGAAAACUUUGAAAUUUAAUUUUUGUGUAUAGCUCUUGCAAAUUUUAUUUUAAAAAACAAGAAAAUAAAAAUACAUAUUUAUAUUUCAUUCACUUGAAGAUGGCUCCUCUAUCCCUUGAUAUGGCUUCUCUACCCCUUGAUAUGGCCUUAUUUCUCCCAGAGGUAUAAUUUAAAUGAGCUGAAUUUGUUAUUCUACCUUUUAUGACUGAAUUCUUGCCCGCAGUCACCACACCGACAGAAGCCAUGGGAGGGAGGACACGUCCAUGAAACAAUCCACACAACAUACAACACUUAUGAGACGACCAACUUAACCAAGGUGGACGUUCCGCUUGAUCUGGUGCAGGACAUGAAGACAGUUAUGGAGUCACUCAGGAAAGAGUUCUCAAAGUUGAGCGGCCUUCAGCGUACGCCCGAUAUGAGUAACAAAUGGUGCGUUUCUUUAUUAGGUCAUUAAGGGGCCUUAAUGUUUUUAUUUUCCCCCAUGUGUUGCUGUUUACGAAGAUAGUAUUCUAUUUACGUAUUGCCAUGUUGGAGCAAGGGUUUUAUGAAGAGAAUUCAAAAAGGACAUGGGGUUAUUUUCUGAAACAGAUUAUGUCUAAUGUUAUCUGAUUUGUAAAAACAGGGAUGGAUCAAAUUCUGAAGUACUGAAUGAAGGCCUUUCAUCUGUUCAAAAAAUCUACAAGCAGUUGGAGGAAGGAGUGGAGAAAAACAACCAGCUUCAUCAAAUACUACUGUCUCGCUUGAGUAGAGAUAGUAGGCAAUGUAAGUUUUUCUUUACUGCAGUUGGCAAUAUUUAAAUAGAUGGUAGACUAUGUAAGUUGGUUAAGCUGUAAUAGAGAUGGUAGGCAAUGUAAGUUUGUCUUUAAUAUAGUAGGAAAUAUAAUUUGACGGCUGGUGGUAGACUAUGUAAGUUGUUUAAGCUGUAAUGGAGAUGGUAGGCAGGGAUUUGAAUUAGGUUCAGAAUACGAGCAUGCCUUAAAUUAACAAAAUUUAGCUUACCAUGCAUUUUUCUCUAUUUUUAACACUCUACAAAUUGAUUUUAUGAGUAGGGCUAUAAUUUACUCUUCAUUCUUUUUGUAAAGCUGAUAGUCCAGAUAGUAACAGCUGUCAAGAUGGAGGCUACAAUUUGGGAUCCACUGAACAUCAAAGCAUAAGUAAGGCAGCUCCCAGCUUUCACCAUGAGAAUCCACCAAAAUCAGGUCUUGCUAAUGGAGUAGGAUCAAAUACAUCAACCAUAAGUAGUGCCCCUGCAUCUCCAUUAUCCAGCCAGUCGGUAGGUGUUGAGACAUGUCCUGAUGUCAUGGAUCGGUCACUGCAGACAGGCAUGAGCUUUUACCACACUGACCAGUGGGUUCAAACUUCACCCCGAAUAAAUCGUGGAGAUCCAAGGUAUAAUGAACUCAUGGAUCUGUCAGUCAGCUCUUUAAGAGGUCAACACCAGGACCUCUCAGUAAAUAUUUGUCCUACUGUAGACAUUGAUAGCCACUAUGCUAGUCUUCCGGCUCGUUACAAUACCACCAACACCGGGAGACUUGUACAAGGAACGGAACCGGAAUCUAAUCCUGUCUUAGUCAAUACUAAACAACCUGGCCGGCGCCAUCCCAGCCAACUUGGCCAGGACAAUAAUGCCUUGAAUGGACCUGACAGAUUCAGCACACCAGCCCAAUUUAGUUCCACCCUGUCUCACCUGCGCAAUACCAGCCAACUUGGCGAAGACAAUACUAGCUUCUCUGGUCAUAACAGAUCCAGCUUACCAGCCCAUCCAAGUUCUAGCCCAUCUGCCCAUCAUAAUUAUAGGUUGUCGGAACAAAACAGUGCAAGCAGCCUAGCUGGCCAUCCCAAUACUAGCUUAUUAAGUCAUAAUAAAACUAGCCUAUCUGGCCAUCCAAAUGCUAGCAUGUCAGGACAUGGCAGAGUGAGCCUCAAAGGACAUGACAAUACAAGUCUAACUGAUGACAAUCGGGAGAACACUGACAGUCUGGAAGAUUAUCACGACUUUAGGCAAGGGGCUUGUUUUGAGGAUGACCAAUUUGAAAGCAGACACAUUGACCGUGCAUCUAGCUUCCAGCUUGACUCUAGUAGUUACAAGAAUACUGACCGACGUACCAAUGGCUACAAUUUGAGCAAGUCACCAGCUGUACAGGACAGGCAACCGCAACCCCUGGCAUCAAGCCGGGUUCUAAGUGACCACUCUGUGGUUGAUGGAUAUUUUGCCAGUGGUGAUGGUGGACACAUUGAUGCUGCGUCAGAUGGGGAUGAACCAGAUGGAAACAGUUAUUGCCACGCCCCAGGGCAGCUUGAUGCCCUGGAGAGGGAUAUUAUCCACCACAUGACCAAUGGAGGCAACUAUGGUAUUCAGAAAAAUGUUUCGGGCGAUGGAUUAAAUAAGUCUGAAAUUACUUUGAGCUUCAGUCAAGAUUGCCUUGGUGGGGCUGGAGAUUUUGGUUACGCAGCUGACAAAAGUGGAGUGGUUCCCAUUUCAACACAAAGUCGUCAAGACAAAAGCAAGUCAACUGACGGGGGACGACACUCUUCAGAUGGUCAUCACUUAGAUCUUUCAGAAUCAGAAAAGGGUCAUUUCUUCUGGGAUGAUGAUGUGUUGGAACAUGAGACGGACGGAUCUAGUGAACAUCGCAACCGUAGGAACAGCUGGGCUGAGGAACUUCAGCGGUAUAAAGUAUAUGGUAGGAAAUCAUUUUAUGUGAAGACUUACUUCAAUGCUUACCUUAUCAUUUUAAAAUGUGCAAAAAUAAUUUUAAAACGUCAAGUCUUAUAAUCCAAAAGUUUUUUAAUAAUUUUUCUUAUUGGGCUUUGGAAAUUAAUUUUAUUAGUACUUUGUUGUUUUUCAAUUAAAUUCCAAAAUCAUGGUUAAUUUAGUUUUUUUUUAACUUUUGGCCUGCAAUAAUAUGUCGGCGAUAAAAUUUCUUCAACUUUUCCAGAGGGAAAAUCAAAAAUAAAUCCUGCUGAAAUUAAUUACUCAAUAUCUGAUCUGCGCCAUGCCGUCAUGGAAAUGUCGGUCAGGGAACUGAGAGACCUUGUCAUUCACCUUCAGAUGGAAAUAAGAGAUGUUGGAAAGGGAGACAAAGUCCUGCAGGCAAACACAAAUGCAGCUGAGGCAGCGGAGGAUGGUCAAUCAAACAAUGGGGUAUUUAUCAAGUGUUCAGCUGCAUCAACCCUUUGUCUGUAUAUGUGUGCACCAACUGUAUUUCUAUAUUUUAUAUUAUCAGUGCUCUCUCUUUUAAAAAAAAAAUUUUCUCCAAAGACUAAGAUGAGUCUUUACUUUGAUCAUAAUAAUUCUGAACUCAGCUUUUGACUAUCUGUCAUGCAACACAUCAUUUCAUUUCUUUUGUAUGUUGCUUGCAGAAUAAGAUGUGUGUCCCAAGACUUGCUGGUGAAAUGCACACCUGCCCUGACAGUACUACCAACUCCACAGAAUCCUUGGUUACAUCUAGCACUGAGCUUGGCCCCGAUCACAGUCAGCACAAGGAUCUUCGCCAGUCCCUCGGUAACCUGACAUCUAAUGUAUCCAAACUGAGGCUGGAGGAUGACUUGUUGGUCUCACGGGCCCAGGUUGGUGCAGAUUCUAAAUAGGUACUCAGAUCCUGCCUUUUAAAGGAGUUAUCUUUGUACCGGGAUUAGCACUAACUCAGCACUUAACUAAUCCCUGAUACGUAGUCAGGUAGAGCUGAACAAAAGAGCUCAUUAUCUUUGACAAGUUAUUGUGUUUAACGUUGAAUCCAGUUUUCUAUUUGAUGAGGUUUGCACAUGGAUCAUUUAACUGAAUAACUAAUAGAUUUAAAAACUGGCUGUAGCCUAAUUAAAUUUAGGUCACAUUUUCUCAUUUGCAGAUGUAUGUACAAAUUCACCUGCUGUUUUCUUUAAUUAUAAACAUAUUCUUAUCAGUAAUAAACAAUUUUGUAGGUAAAUAAAUUGUCUAUAAGAUAUACUUAAGACAUUUGUAAAUUAAAUUUUUGGUGGGAAAUUAUUAAUUGUUAAAUCAUUUAUUAAUUAAAAGAGAAAAACGAUUUUUUUAAAAAUAUAAAUGUGCCAACUUAAGUGCCAAAACAUUUAAAGCAUUUCAUUUGGUGAUUUCCAAAUAGUAUAUUCGAUAAUAAAAAAAGUUUUCCCCAGAACACAGAAACUGAAUAAUAUUCACACUUCCAAUUACUUAUAUUAUGCCUAUAGUAACCCUGUCCCUUGUUGCCAUGGUAACUAGCUUGGAAAUUAAAUCAAAUUAAUUAGCAGCUCAAUUUUUUAAAACUGUCUGCCGAUAGCAUGUGAUUUGAAAAUAAACAUCCUGUCGGUAAAUUAAAAUCUCAUACCAAAACGGUAACUAUAUAAAUAUUUCACCUGUUUUACUACGCCACAAACGUUGGCGCUAUCAACAACUCAUGGCCACAACAAAAGAAGCUCUUUGGAGCUCCCUAUGGCUAAUGGUAGUUAACAAGUGAAAUCUUUUAUUCAAGAACAUUCACUAUAUCUCAGAGAGCUGAAAUUUGAUUAACAACUUUCACAAUUGAGGCAUUUUAUAAAUAUAAAUAUGCAUUUCUUAAUUAACAAAUAUAUAUUUUUAUAUUCACCGCUCCUACCCCCUCUUCUGUUUCUUGUUAAAGAGGUUUUAAGCUCUUAGGCUGAGGUGAUGUUACAUUACUAGAAAAUUAACAAGCAACAGAAAGGCUUUUUUCAAGUUGCACUCAUGAAUUCCACUGAGCCGUUCAACUAUGCUAUAAUGUAAUUUUGGUUUAAUCCAUAGAUUCAAGAGCUUGAAGACAAGUUGGAAGCCACAGAAAACACGGUGCGUGUCCUCUCAAAGAAGAACAAGAGCUACCUGAAAGUUCUGGAAGCGGCUGGCCUGUCGUCUAAAAUUUUAAGUCGAUCAAAUAGCGAGAACUGCCUCGUGGACGGAGCUCAGCAACCAUCUCGUGUCCGUGCAGUGUCGGUGGGAGAACUUUUUGAACAUGACAGUAAGUGGGAUUUCUGGUAAACUUUUACCCGCAACCGUGGGUUAAGAAUGAAUGUUAACUACAUAGCUGGAAUUUGGGUUACAUUUUCAGACCUGGAUACUCUAGCGAAUAUUGUGUAGAAGCUAAUUUAAGAUGUGCUGCAAGAAUAGAAGUUAAAUUAAGAUAUGCUGCAAGAAUUAGAAGCUAAUUUAAUGUGUGCUGCAAGAGUAGAAGCUAAUUUAAGAUGUGCUGCAAGAAUUAGAAGCUAAUGUAAUAUGUGCUGCAAGAGCAGAAGCUAAUUUAAGAUGUGCUGCAAGAAUUAGAAGCUAAUUUAAGAUGUGCUGCAAGAGCAGAAGCUAAUUUAAGAUGUGCUGCAAGAGCAGAAGCUAAUUUAAGAUGUGCUGCAAGAAUUAGAAGUAGGUAUUCUAAAUGAAAAUUUCAUAAUGAAAUUAAAUAAAAUUGAAGUAUUCCCCUAAAUAGAGCUUGGCUUCAUGAGAACAGAACCACAAAUUUUAACUCUCUAUCUCCAAAAUUAAAAAAGUUAUUAAUUUUUAAAAAAUCAGGAAGAGGGUCAGUUUUUAGACACCAGGAAAGUGUAGUUUUGACACCUGCUAUCUUCUAAAAUAAGUAAGUUAGAACUUUCAAAUCUCUUGCACACACAACCAGUUAUACAUAUAACAAACUCAAUUUUUUUCAGGGUUGUCAUGAAAAUGUAAAUACAAUUUUUAUUAAUCCAAAAACGAGCCGAAGCUCAAUUUUACAAAAUAUUAAAAGGGAGACAAAAAGUCCAUUUUAGUUAAUUUUCAAAAAAUCAUAAAAAAUCAAUCAAUUAAGCUAUUGUAAAUAUACAGGAGUCAAGUAAAAGGUUAUUUAAAGCACAACAAUGUGAAAUCAUCAGACAAAUGUGAAACCAGCAAAAUAAUUUACAGAAAUUAUUUCAGCAAGACAUGUACACAAAAACGAAGAAUUGCGCAGAUUUUUAAAAAUUCACUAAAAAUUAACGAAGCAAGAUAUCUUAACAAAUGUUAAACAAUAUUGUAGAACAUGUUAAUCUUUUUAAUAAUAAAGCAAUAGACCAAGGUUUAGGAAACAAAAUUCUGCUCAAGAAAUAUUAUAAAACUGGAUAUUUUUGCACUGAAAAUUUAUAAUUUCUGGCACCUAAAAAAACGUUCAUAUGAUAUAAAUAUAAAUAAAAGUUAUGGAAAACUUGUAGGAAACAUUACCAACUAAUAAAUUAGUAAUGACAAUCAAUUUACAAGAACAGGUGAUCAGCAAGGAUUAUUUCAGCAAGGCAUGUACACAAAUACUAAGAAAUUCAUAGAUUUUAAAAAUUCAUAAAAAAUGAACAAAGCAAGAUAGCUCAACAAAAGAUACACAGUAUUGUAGAACAUGUUAAUCUUUUUAAUAACAAAGCAAUACCCUAAGGCUUAGGAAACAAAAUUCUGAUCAAGAAAUAUUAAAAUUGGUAUUUUUGCACCGACAAUAUAUAAUUUCCAGCGCCUUAAAAAAAGUUAAUAAUUAUAUAUAUAUAUAUACACAUAUAUAAAAGUAUUGGAAAAUCUGUAGGAACCAUUAUCAUUAACUAUGAAUUAGUAAUGAAAAUCAAUUUACAAGAACAGGUGAUCAGCAGAGACUAUUUCAGCAAGGCAUGUACACAAAUACUAAAAAUUUCAUAGAUUUUAAAAGUUCAUUAACAAGACAAGAUAGCUUAACAAAUAUUACACAGUAUUGUAGAACAUGUUAAUCUUUUUAAUAACAUAGCAACACCCUAAGUUUUAGGAAACAUAAUUCUGCUUAAGGAAUACAUAGAUUCUUAAAUCAAAUAAAAAUGAACAAUGUUACAUACUAAUACCAGAACUUAUACAAUUUACACUAUAUUGCAGUACAUAAUUAUCUGUGGAAAAAAGGUUUGGAAAUAAAAAAUAUCCCUAUCUCUGCAGUUCAGACUUAAGCAUUGUAAUCAUGAGGUCUAAGGAUCCAAAAUGCAAGCCUCUUCUACCUAAAACUGUUUUAUGAUAUCUUAUUUCAUUCUUAAUAAUUUCCCUAAUGACAGCCUGAGAUUUCUUUUUAACAUUUAAUCUAUGUAAAAGUUCAUCAACAUCCUGUGAUGUUUGACAAGGCCCACCAUGUUUAGUUACUUUGUCUCUGAGCAAGGAUCUUUUGGCAAUGACUUUGAUUUCUUUUUGUAUUUUUUUAUCCAAUUUAAUCUAUGUAAAAGUUCAUCAACAUCCUGUGAUGUUUGACAAGGCCCACCAUGUUUAGUUACUUUGUCUCUGAGCAAGGAUCUUUUGGCAAUGACUUUGAUUUCUUUUUGUAUUUUUUUAUCCUGAUUACUAAUGAAUUUUGUCCUAACAUUUAAUUUCACCUGCUGUUCUGCUGCAACACUUUCUUUCUUUAAAACUCUAGACAAUUUUCUGGCCUUACUAAAUAUCCUACUUUGAUGACUAAUACUUUUCCCCCCCAAAAAUUGCACAGUUCUAUUUCUCCUAACACAGUGUGUGGCUGACCUAUUGUGUAAAGUAGUAUGUCUUCGCUUACUGAUGUCAAAAUCCAAAUCGCCAAAAGAACUCUCUCCAAUUAAAUUAUUGAGUGAACAAUGUCUGAGCUGCUCACAAUCACUUUGACUUAAAUUUGUAAAAUAGCCUGUGUUGAGAAAAUCACCAAGUUGUCUUUUUGACACAUUCAAAGAUUCUUGACAAAGUUUAGUCAAUACAUUUAAAAGAAAAGAUUCAUCACAUACCAAAACAUCACAAAUUGUUCUUAUAAUUCUAUUAGUAGCAGUUUCAGCUACUGCAGCAUAGGAUUUAAAAAGUUUGUCUUGGUCUCGCCCUAAACAGCGACCAUGACUUUGUUUAAUAUCUGAUUCUGCAGAUUUUAGUGCCUUUUCACAGGAGUGUGAGAGUCCCAACAGAAAAUGGGCAUUACAAUAUAAAAAAUGUAUAAUUGUUUUCUCACCAAGUUGAGAUUUAAUGAACUCUGUAAAUUUUUUAUCAAAGGACUUCAUGGUUGCUGCCCUAUCAGACAUAGUACUAGUUAUUUUUACUAAAAGAUUUUUGUAAGUAUCAGAUGUACUGUCAGUAAAAGAAUCAUAAUUAACAGAAAGUUUUUUAAAACAAUUUAUAGCUAUAUCUAACAAAGUAUCUGCAUCCUCCGUGGUCUCUAGAAGUUCCAUCACAGUGUAAUGUACAUGAUUUGGAGUUUAAGACAGCCUCAGCUACUUGAAAAUUACUUAUUGAAUAACCCUCAUUAAGCAUAUUUAUACAAGUUUGGGUCGAGGGAAAAUCUUUAAAGACAUGAUGAAAAAUAUAUUUUGAUACUAUAUCGAUCACAGUUGAAACAUUCAUAGCUGCAACUUUUCCAUCACACAUAAGAGCUAUAAUAGCUUUACGUGUGUCAUCAGAAUAAAUAUUUUGUACAGUCUUUAAACUAAAUUCUCUAUCCAGAACCCUUCCCCCCUCCCGUUGUUCUAAUAGCCUUUCAGUAUCUUUUAGUUGCAAAUCUAACUUCAACUUGCAUAAUUUAUUUAAAAGUGCAUUGUUUUUGGCCUGGGAUUUUUUUAAAACGGUGGUCUGAUUAAUUAAAUCUUCGCUUGCUUUAGCAAGUUUCAUUUUCAAAUUUAUUUGACUUUUUUUGCAAUUAAGGACAUGUCGACAAUGUUGUUUUUCUAACUCAGACUUAUGUUGCUGGAUUUCAUUUUCAUAUUCUAAAAUUUUAAUAUCCGACAGAGACUUUUCCUUGUUAAUGGCCAACAAGGCUGCAGAUAAAUUUGCAUUUUCAACUUGCAGUUGAUCACAUUUUUUACAUUUAAAAUUACUACCUUUUAAAUUAGUUACAGUUACAGGCUUAGUUAAAGUAGAACUUUGUAAUGCAGUCAAAGUAAAUUCAGAUUCAAUAUAUUCUUUCAAGGCUGCAGGAUUCCUGUGUGCCAUUUUAUUUAAAAUAGUGUACCUUUUAAAAACAGAUUCAAUGGCGUAAGGUAACUUUUCUAUACUCAGACCAGUUAAACAAUUAAGCCACAUUGCCAACAACUUUUUACUCAAGGACAAGGAAUUGCUAAAAAAUAACAGGUCAACAACUAAGCCAUUUAAGAUUUUUACAGGAGGAUCACAAAUUUUACCAGGAGGAGUUGAAUAAUUCAGGCGUGUUAUGCCCACACUAGAACAAGCUUGAGAAAUAAAAUUUAAGUCAAUUUCCAUGUUGAGGAAGUCCUCCCUGAGGUUGGGUUGCAAUGUCAUAAAUGAACUCCUAGCGGCAUUUAUCAGGUUACGAAACCGAGUAAGGGAUCCUUUCAUCAAUCUGGAGUCUGGAAAAAUGUCUGCAAUCCAUUCAUCUGCAACCUGGGAAUAAGGAGAAUUUGUUAACAACUGGUAUUUCAAAUAUACUACCACAGAGCCUAUCAUACAUACCAUCUUACAUAGCAUGCAGCACUUGGUGUAAUUGUUAUCAAUUGCUAAUGCUGAAAUUACUUGCCUGUGACCAUGGAUGAUUUCCUUCUUCUCUGAUGUAUGAUAACUGCACUAGUAUCCUGUUGUUGCAGACAAUCUCUUUUGGCAGGCCUUUAGGUCUACCUUUUCCCUUGUGCUGAUAUCUAUCUCGAAGGAUGGUGUAAGUCUCAUCCACUGAAAUAAGUACGGGUAACAUAAAAAUAAGUAAAGCUCUCAAAAAAAAACCUUAUUUAAAAAAUAUACUGGUAUUACUGGUAUAUUAAUAUUACUAAAUUAAAUUAUAUAACAAAAGCUAACUAGUAACAAAAUUUAAUCCGGACUGUACCACUUAAGAAGGGUAGGUGGGAAACAUCUUUAUUUUAAAUUCAUACAACUAGCUUAAUAACUUAAUCCUACUACUAUUUCUUGAUAAUAAAACUGCAUAAAAUUUUACUCGAAUAGAUCAUUUCACCAAAUUAUAAGAAAGCAGAGUUAAAAAUUGUAAAAACUAAACAAAAGAAAUCUUAUAUAAUUGUUUUCAACACUGUGUUAAAUAAACUCGUCCCAUAACAAUUAAAUAGGAAUGGCGGACGAAAUUGGCUUUGACAAGUCGAUAUUAUACUGACUGUUUAAUGAGUCACAAACAUUUCUAAACAAAAUUCACCCAUAUAAAUUAAAUAUCAUUAAACGUUUAAAUAUUUAAUUGUAUUAAUGUUGCAGUUCUUUUUUAUUUUGGUAAUCGUAAAUUAAAUAGAGAGAACUUUAAAAUAGACUUAGACACAUUUUUGUCGAAAAUUUAACAACCUUAAAAUAGUUAUCGAUAAGCUUACACAGAUCUCAAAUAUAUUAAAUAAACAGUUUAUUUUAAAUAAAAAGAAAGUACUUAUAAUAAAAUAAAAGCAUUUUACUUACCUAUUGUUGCUUUUAAAUCCAUGAAAAUGAAGAAAAUGUACACAAAAUGGUUAAUUCAGAAAAAGCGCGUGAUGAACCUUAGUCUAAAGAUACUAAUGGCGACAGCGCACCAGCCAGAAAUGGACUUCUUUUCAAGCAGAAAUAUAUGACGUCAAUUCGCGCCUUGCGCACUGAUAUCGUAUAUGGGGCGUUCGUGGAAUUAUAACAAUUUUAUAGUAAAUUGGAUGACCUUUCUAAAUAUAUAUUUUUGAGGGCUGUAAAGUGAUUUUUUCACAUAGAAAACGCAAUUUUCAUGUUAUUUUUGUGUUAAAAUCAACGUUAUUUAGCAUUAAUUUACAGUUUACAGCUCCAAAAAAUACAUCAUAUUAAAGAACUACUUUUCUACUUUCUAGAUCAGUUGUUACUGAACGCACAGGUAUAACGAUACAUUAUCGCUACGAGCUGGCGCGACCCGACCAAAAAAAAAUUUUUUUUCUCCCCGCAGCGUAAAUUUCACCAGCUCAUUUAGAAUACCUAUUAGAAGCUAAUUUGAGAUGUGCUGCAAGAAUUAGAAGCUAAUUUAAGAUGUGCUGCAAGAAUUAGAAACUAAUUUAAGAUGUGCUGCAAGAGUAGAAGCUAAUUUAAGAUGUGGUGCACACAUUGCUAUGACGUUUUUUUCCAUCAUAUGUGAAUAUUUAAAAUGACUGUUGUAUGCACACAAAAAGGUCUCUGUAAUUUUUGCAGUUGAUUCAUUAUGUACUUGUUUUCACAGAUGGUGACAGUAGUUAUGCAACAUCAGAUUACUUUACAACAGAGGUGGAACAACAUGCAGAUAAACGAUCCGGUCAGCCCGGCCCAAUCAGUUCCAGACUUAAGCAGACUGUCAAUGUCCGCAGGGCUGAAAUGAGUUCCCCUGAUGACCCCGCAGAGCAGCCAAGAUCAGCUUACACUUCGGGCCACAAUCUAUUGAUGAAUAUGACGAGAGGCUCUAACGCCACCAUCAUGACGACACUUUCCCUCACUGAUAAUUCCACUUUCCCAAAUUUGACUCACGUGGCUUUGGAAAAAGACAAUUUAGAGAUGCAUCAUUCAAAAAUUGUAAGUCAUGUGACUCACAUUCAACUCUUAAUCCCUGUCUCAUGAUUUUCUCAGGUGAUUUAAAUCUACACUAAUGAAAUGCUCCAUUUUUCAGUAUCUGGAAUUGUCUAAAAUAACUCAUUAUGGCUCUUUCCUGCAAAUAAUAAUCUCCAACCUAACGGGGUUAAAGUGGGACGAAAGUUACAGUAGCUUUUUUUUUAUUUUUCCUGAAUAAAAUCAAAAAGUUGUUUUACCAAGUAGUCAAUAUUUAAUAUAUAAUACUUAAAGCACUUGAAAUGAUACAAAUUUUACACUCAGCUUAUUAAAAUACUCUUUAAAACCUGGCUUUGAAUCUGGGGAAGCAACUUUAUCACAUCUACUUUCAAUUAUUAUUCCAGUUAUAUGCCUUAAUUAAAGAAGAAAAUUGUCACAUUCUGGCCUUUAAAAGAAAUUGUGUAUGUUCUAUUUUCUCUUCUAAUCUUCAGUCCAACUAUGCUGCUGACAACCAUGGUAGAAAGAGUCAACUGGCUGAUGUGUCUGAAGCUAGGCCAAUGAGUGUCAACAUGGAUCAAACCUCUCCUGUUCAAAUUAACAAAGUACUAACAACACAAAAUACAGCUGUUGGACAGCACAGUGCUGUCGUGGUUCUGAGGACACCAAGGAAAGAAUCGUCCUCUUACAUGGGUUCCACCAUUGACAUGGAAUCGCCCUCUGAAAAAGGCUCACCCUCAGGCAAGGGGUCACACUCUGGUCAUGGGUCACCCUCAGGCAAAAGGUCACCUUCUGGUGAUGGGUCCCCACCAAGCAAAGGGUCACCCUCUGUUAAUCUGUCAAUCUCAGACAAGGUGUCAUAUUGUGGUAAUGGGUCACCCUCAGGCAAGGGGUCACACUCUGGUAAUGGGUCACCCUCAGGCAAGGGGUCACCUUCUGGUGAUGGGUCCCCACCAAGCAAAUGGUCACCCUCUGGUAAUCUGUCACUCUCAGACAAGGGAUCAGGCAAGGUGUCAUAUUCUGGUAAUGGGCCACCCCCUGACAAGGAGUCACCCGAGAAUUCUGAAAACAUGGACAGGGCUGAUGUGACGAUGAUGGAUCAGAGCCUGUGCCCUGACAUUAGCUACACCAGCAUGUUGGACAACACCAUCAUGAGCAGGCCUCUCUCAAGCCUUAAUAUGACCACCAUCAAGGAGGACGGCUCAGACACAGAAGGCCUAAAUGGUAAGGAUCUUUCUCUCUCUCUCUCCCCCACCCACAGUAAAAAAAAUUAAAAAACUGAUUCCUAAAAUAUGGGAGUGGGGAUUGUGGCAAAUCAAGGCUGCUGUUAUUCAGGUUUUCUCAACAUUUCUAUACUCUGCUCCUCUUCUAAUACUAAUUCAUCUUCUGGAGGGGUCAGAGCACGUACUAUUUAUGGCAUGGCACUGGCUUACACAUUUGCAACCAGCUCCAUCUGCUUUGGCUGUACCAUAGAGUUUAUUAGCACAAGACUCGCCCACCUCUUCAAGUUUGGGGCACGAAGUUUACAGGUUUACAAGUUAUCCUGGGGACAGCGUACAAAUUGUUUGAUGAAAAUUGGGCAGCUCUUGCAGAAGAAUCCAUGCCUUAUUGAAUUGAGAAAAAAAGUUCAGGCAGCAUUUUUUGGUCUUAUAUUGAGGGGCAGCUUUUUCAUGGAAGGAUGGCAGCUUGACCUGUCCUGGGGGGCACUAAACCCAGCUUCUCCACUGCUCCACCUGAAUGUCACCUCACCGUAUGGGGAAGCACUGCUGUAAUUUCUUGUGUUACAAAAAUGAGACUAAUUCAUUAACAUUUUUUAAAAUGAUUGUGUGUCUGAGAAAACAAACAUUUUCAGUUUUCUUUGUAUCUCAACCAGACAACUCUUUAUUAACAGUUCUUAUUCACUAAUUUGACAAAGAUACACUGUAAACUAAUAAUGCAGUGUUUUUAAAAGCAAUGUAAUUUUUGUUAAAAAUAUUUCUUUCCCAUUUCCAGUUGAACAGCUAAAAGUAAGAAUUGAGCACCUGGAGCAGGUCAACCUGACUCUGAGGGAAGAGGUCAGCCUCUUUGAGGCUCUCCAGCGCUCAACAGGAACUCAGGUUUCUUUCUCAUUGACUGAAAACUUGAGCACUCCCAGGCCCGAAAGUGAAGGGGACCUACUGCGGCAGCAUCUGGUUGAGAUUAGAAAGCUGCGUCAGAGACUUGAGAGACUUGAUGUGACCAACAACCCAGGUGAGAGAGAAAAUAGGAGAGGAAAAAACAUUGUAUAGCACCAAACAUUGUCACAACUUAUGAAGUUGGAAACAGCACUUAAUAUUGUCACAUCUUACUAAAUUUGUAACCUUACCAAAUAUUGCCACAAGUUAAUAAAUUACUAACACCAUCUUACUAUAUUAAAACAGCACCAAAUAUUAUCACAAUUCACAAAAUACAUUUUGCAAUAGGGCUUGAUGAGAAUAAAGUUCUGUAAAGAUUUUCUCUGACAAUUGGAAUGUCACUGCCUUCAGACAUUCUUUUAAGGUGAACACAGGCAAAUUAUUCACAAUUUUUAAAACAAAAUGUAAUAUGUAUUGAUUGAUUAUAAUUAUAUCAUAUUUGUAUGUAAAACUGUAAUUCUUUUAUAGCAUUUUUCCAACAUCACAUCAUGCUAAAAUAUCAUUACAAUUUAUUUUAUUUUUCCAUCCCGUCCCUGUGGCGCUACAGUCCUUGUAGGGCUUUCGCCUGCCUCAUUGCUUCACUCAGACCUAACUGAUGCUUUUCUUUUCCAUCCUUGGAUUCCCAGCUGCUGUAUGUCUUUUUUCACAUCAUCUAUUCAUCUUUACUCCUGUCAUUUGGCAUUCUUUUUAAGUGUCCCGCUCAGCAUUUUUUAUUUCUGCCACUAGUGUGGGAUUCUGGUAUAGUCCAUACAAUUCAUGAUUGGUUUGUAUUCUCCUUCCAUAUUCAUUCUCUGUCCGUAUAUUUUCCAGAGAACUUUUCUCUCCCAUGAUUUUAAUUGCUUUUCUGCUCUUUUGUUAAGUUUCUCUCGUGUCUUUCACAACUGAUCUGAUUACAGUUAAAUAUAACGUUUUCAUUUUUUUUUUUUUCAGUUCUAUAUACAGUUUUCAUUCUUUUUAGUUCUAUAUAAUGUUUUCAUUUUAUUUUUCAUUUCUAUAUUCAGUUUUCAGUUUUUUCAGUUCUAUAUACAGUUUUCAUUUUUUCAGUUCUAUAUGACGUUUUCAGUUUUUUCAGUUCUAAUCUAUAUACAAUUUUCAUUUUGUUCAAUUCUAUAUACAGUUUUCAUUUUUGUUCAUGAUGUAUAAUAGUUUUUCAUUCCCCGUUUCUCACAUAUGUCUUAUGUUUUGUUUUCUCUGAACUUUAUAGAGCAGCUCCUGAUCUUCCAGACACACAUGAACCAGCGAAUCGCACGUCAGGAUGCCUUCAUCUCACAAUUACAGCAAAAGAUGGUGGACCGAGAAGCUCAGUGGCAACGAGAACUGGCUGAGACACAGCACAGGCUGAUCAGGGAGAAGGCCUUGCUUGUAGAGAAACUGGAACAAACCAUUUCCCAGCUGCAAAAAUCUCUUUUGUCCCAGCGCUCUACUAUAGACCAACAGGAAGUCAUUAUCAAUGGCUUUAAAAAUGAAUUAGAACAAAUGACUGAGAAUGAGAGAAAGAAAGAUGAGGAGCUCAAGAGGAAUCAGUCAGAGAAGGCAGCGCUUGAGGAAGAUUUGAUGAAACGAGAAAGGGAAUUCUUAGAUUUGGAAAAGUCCAUGUUCAAACUGGAGCUGGCCAAGGAGAACGCCGAGAGUGACCUCAAAAGGCUACGGGCUGACAUGGAGCAAUGUGAGGUGAAGUAUCAGACGCUGAACCAGGAGGUGGAGGAGUACAAGGAGAGCUCCAAGUGUCUGAAAGAGGUCAUCAUCAAGAGGGAGAAGACCCUCCAAGAAAAGGUUCUUGUGGUCAAGAAGUUGGCCACAGAGAAGAUCAACGUGGACCACAAGCUGACAGAGAGGGACGCCCAGAUUAAAAGACUAGAAGCUGAGCUGGAGACGCUGAGGCAGGAUAUGCUGUCCAAGGGGAGUGCGCAUGCCUCGGAGGUGGAGAAACUGAAAAUGAAGCUUGAGGACGCCGAGCACCUGAUGACCCAGACAGAGAUGGAACAUGAUGCAGAGCUGAAGAGGAUGAAUGAAGAUAAGAUGAGGUUGAUGGCCAGGGUGGAGGCUGAUAUGGAGCAAGACAGGAGAAAUUUCAACCAUCAGAUGGACAUUCUCAGACAAGAGAAGCUCGGCCUGGAGGACCAGGUGAGCUCCCUCAAAGGAAAAAUUAUGUCAAUGUCAGGGCUCCAGGAUGAAGUGGGGCGUUUGAACUUUUUACUGGACAACAAAACGAAAUCGGAGAAUGAACUUAGGGAGCGAGUAAAGGCCAUGGGUCCAGUUCAGGCAGAGGUUAGCAGACUGACUGAGGUGUUGGGCAAGUCACAGGAUGAUCUGAUGCAGUUACAGAAGGAGAAAGUCAGGGUGGAGGAAAGUUUGAAGGAGAGAGAGGAGAAGGUGAAGAAGAGAGACAAACAGCUGCAUCAUCUGCUUGGUCAACACAAGAAGCUGGACUUGGCAUUUGUCAAGUAAGUAUAGGUUACCAGACUUUUUAGUACAGUAUUUAUUUUGUAUAUAUGUAUCCAUUAAUAUUUAUAAUAAUUUAUAUUAUGUAAGUAGUGCAAAGGCAUGUAUAAUCUGGAGGUAGUUGGUGUGAACGUGGGUCGGCCAUGGGAAAUGGACUGACCAGGUCAGCAGUUUAAUUUUUAUUCAGUAUGAUGAAAACCUUCAUUUGAUGAAGAUGGACGACUUGGACUCAACUUGGCAAAGCAGUCACAUAAUUCAAAAGAUUACCAAUUAUUGAUCACUCAUUUAGAACACAUGAUCUGUCUCUUUAGGAUGAAAAACACAGCCAAGGAAAGGCAAGAACUGAUAUUGAGUCUGAGGAGGCGUAUGCACUUGUGUGAAGUUACUCUCAACUGUUCCAGUCGUAAGUUGGACAUUUUCAUUUGCAACAUUAAUUAAUUUCCUCACAUUUUCUUAUUUCACUGAGGUAAAACUGAGCAGCUAAUGUGUUGUAACCUAUGCACCAACAAGACACCACGUCUACGUUCAAUUGUUUUUUUUAGAGGAGGAAAAAGAGGACAUCAUGAAACAGCUGCUGUCUGAACUGUUGGCCACGCAGCGUCAGGUGGAGGAUCUGCUCUCAAAGUUGGAACACAAGCGAGCCGCCACACCUGCCGAAGGAGGUAAAUAUGGGGGGGGGGGGGGGCNAACGGUAAUUAUCAAAAUACAUAAUUCUCAAGUAACUAUUUCUUCAGCACUACCAGUUAGCGCUGAUUUCACUAAAUAAAAUAGAUAACUGAGUUAAGUGAGAUUCUGGCAUGUAGUAUUUUCUGUGUUACGGGAGUAAUGGGUAUAAUUGAUAAUAAAUCUGAGGCGUAAAAGUGGAUGUGGGAAAUUAGAAUAGUAAUGUAGUUAUGGGGCAGUGACUUUGGGGGGGGGGGGUAAUACUAAUUUGUAAUCUUAUAAAUUCCAUUACUUGAAUACAUGUUUUGUUAAGUAACUUUAGUCACAUUGUGGCUGCCUUCGUUCGGUGGGCUAUAGCUUGUACUUUGAUAAUGGAAAAGUUGGACAAUGUUGUGCACUUGUGAUGGGCAUACCUGUAAACAGCUAAACGGAAUUACAUUGACAUCCCUCCUCAUGAAUGUUAAUGUUAACAAAAAUCUCCUUGUUUAUCAGUUCUGGUGGAUGCAACAUACAGCAGCUCUUCAACCAUCAGUAUAAGUACCACCACCACCAGCACAGCAAGUACCACAGCUCCGGCUAGUCCCCUCUACUCUAGAUCAGACCAUGGUGGCGCUCAUGAUGAUGCUGGUAGGUUUACCUUCUAAAACAGUGUUUCUAAAUGGUGGUCCAUUGACCGGCCCUUGCGUUUCUGGUCCACACAACAUGAAUAAUGAAUAUUUAGGGUCAAAUAAAAAGAAAAUAUAAUUGAUAGAUCUGGCACAGCUCCCUGUUUCAGCUUUGAAACUUGUCCACCAAACUUAAAUGUUUGGGAAACACUGUUAUAAAGAAUGUCUUUGUCAUCCAUGCAGUUUUAUUGCAGUGUUCAUUCUCAUGCCUUUCGCAAGUUUUUUUUUCACCCUACAAGAUAAAAUCAGAUGGAAUGUUUAGGUAUGACUUUUAAAGAAAUGGUGUUUCAAAUUGUAUGUGUAUUUCAGAUCACUGACCUCAUUAGGCAUCUUGCUGCAUCUUCUAGGACAAGUCUUAGUAAAUCCAACCAACAACCGUUGGUCAUAAAUUACUUUCAGCACUCUUAUCAUUAUUUAUACAGUCAAAAUUAUUUUACUUUUUAAAAGAAAAUUGUUGUCUCUUUCAGAGGCUUAUGGAGAACUUGACCUCCCCGUCUACGAUGAUUACAAGCUAGACCAACAUUCUUCAGCUUUAACGGCACAGAUAAAUCGAUCUCCAAAUCAUCGUGCACAAACUGGCUCUGGUCCAUUGGGCCACUCUCCCUCACAACUCAAGUACUUUGUCGACAGUGGUCUGCCCUUCUCAUCAGGUAAGUUAGAUCUGCUAUUUUGUCUGUACAUUUAUCUAUUUUGUUUUCCCCCCAAGCAACUGUUUUCAAAUUUUCUUAACAAUAUUUUCUGUUUUUAAUAGUUCUUCAACAUUCAAACAAAAUUAGGUCACAUCUAGAAUCAUUGAGAGCAAUUCAUUACUUCCCCCUUUUCUCCAUCACCAUCAGAGCGAGUCCCCCAGAGCUUGAUCAGCUCAGACAUUCGCAGCUUGUUUGCUGUGCUCAAGCUGGACGUCCAUGAGAAACUGCGCAAGGAAAUCAGUGAAAGUUUGGUCACACUGAGUGGGAUGGAUGCCAGGCUGACUGACAGACUGAGGACUUACAAGGCAAAACCAGUGGCGGAGGUAGGUCAGAGGCUGGGGUAAAAACUUGUGGUCAACCGUGAAUAGUAAAUAACAAUGGAGAGUUGUCUGAAAAUAUCAACUAUGAUCAGUUGGAGGUAUGAGGUAGUGCAAAGCUCCUUCAAGUUGUUAAAUUUUAGGACAGUCUGAUAUUAUUUAUUACUAAAAGUCCAAAUCUAGAAAUUAGGUUUUUUUAAAAAUAUGAAAUGCUUUUUUCAGAUCUGCGAUUUUAUGCUUGUUUUAUUUUAUUUUUUUCUUGAAAUAGCGGAUACGGGUAAAUAAAUUAUAAUAUUUCCAGUUACCUUGGCAUGGAGGAUAAACUAUUUUAAAAAAAAUUUAAAUGCAUUGUUUCUAGUGCAUGGUAACUUCUUUCUUCUUCUUUGCCUUAUCUGCUCCAACGACUAGGUGUGAAAUGGCCAUUCACUAAUUUUUUAUCUCUGCUGCAAGCUAUCAUUUUCUUGCUCAUACCACUUCUCACCAUUUCUCUCGGUCACUGUGAAGGGUCCUUCUCCAUCUGCUCUGUGGUCUUCCUCUAGUAAUAAUUGAUGGAAAUAUGCUAUGCCAAUAAUUUAGAUAUUAUAAAUGAAAAAUUGCUGUGACAAAAAAAUGUUUUAAAAAUAAGAAGUCUGGAAAAUUCACUGCUUCAGUUUCCACUAAAAUAUGAAUGCUGUUUGACAUAUUAAAUAACAAACUGGGCAUGUUAUCAAGUCUAAGUGCAUGAUAGGAUGAUGUAAUCUGGACAUAUGAAUGUUGAAUCUCCCAGAAAGCAUGGGGAUCUAUCAAGCGCAAAAUAGUCUGAUUUAAGAAUUUAAGCUGAAGUUUUUAAUUUAUGCCGUAAGUCAUGUGGAUUCGGGGUUCUGUCGGUCAUUUACUUUAUUAGGAUGUGUAAUGCAGAAUGUAAUCUCAGGUGCAGGUGCAUCCAACUUUGUAUACAAUGUUAACCUCAAUCCCCCUCCUGUCACUGCCCAGAUUCAGGAUUAGAUAUGUGGGUUUUAUGUCAAUGACGUUGUUAUAACAGCAUCUUGAUUUCUUGCAUUGUCCAGAAUUUUAUUUUAAAUUUUUUUAAAAUAUUAGUAAAUAGCAAAUGAAUGAACGAUUAUACAAUUUUAGUUAUAAUUUAAAGAGAAAGGAAGAAAAAAAAAUAUUCAAAAUACUUCAAGUUGUUUGAGCUAAAAUUUAAAAAAUGAUAUAGUUAUUUUAUUUAUAUUACCUGAUCUCAUAUCUCAUCUUACCUGAUUUCAUAUUACUUCUCAUAGUAAUUGAACUCAGACUGUGAAAUUUCUGUAAAAGGGUAUCAAGUGGAAAUUUAAUGUUCAUUUUUUCAUGAACCUUAUAAACUAUUAAAAUUCUUGAUGACCUCCCACCAGAGUGUUGACUACAGCACAAUGAGAGAGGUGUCAAUGGCCUGUCACAAUCUACGGGUCUGUCUGGAUGAAGCAAAUCGACUUGUUGCUACAGCCUGGAUAACGGAGUUACCUCCCGUCGAUGCCCUGGGACAUUUCUAUGAUCCACUUCUAGCAGUGCAAGUGAGUGAAAUUGAUUUUUAUCAACCUGGGGAUCAAACUGUGGGAAUAAAAGUAUAUUCGCACUCGUCUUUAGAUAAUCUAUUUUAAUUGCACAACACGAUGUAUCCAAAAAAAUACUGGCCGUAUGCAUGAGUAGCAGCAACAAUAGCCAAUUAUAUUUUUUUUCCAUCCUCUCCAUAUUUUUUUAUAAAUCAUGGUGUUUUUUUUUUAGAAUGACAAUUUAAAACACGAAUUGUCAAUGACUCGUUCCCGUCUGGAGCAGCUGAACCAAACCGCCAAAGAUCAGCAGAGCAGAAUGAAUACAAGCAGUGAAAGGCAUAAAGGCUGGGAGACAUCGCUUUACAAGCAGUGUAAGUUAAAUGUUAAUGUGGCUCCCUAGCCUCAUAAUAGACUUGUUGGUACAUCAUCAAAAAAUUUACUUAUUCUUGCUCUGAAAAUCAACCUUGCUUGUUGUUUGGACAGCAGAGAUUUUGGCAAAUGACAUACCCCAAAACCAUGAACUAAGCUAAUAAGAGAGAGAGAGAGAACAAAAUGGUUCAACUUACUCCAGAAAUCUAUUGGUGUUUAGAGGAAAUAUUAGAAUUGACAAAAGGAAAUGAUAAUUGAAAUUAUAGUUUGUGAAUGUGUAUCGAAGAUGGGCCUAAUUCUACUAAAUAUGAUUAUGUGAAAUGGGGGCUUGAGACCAAGCUUCAGGCUAAAGGGGACCAUGGGAAGACAUGCCCAGUAUCAGUGCCACCAAGUGUUUUAUCGGCGGCAACCACAACGAAGCUAAAAGCGGGAUAAAAAUUGUUCAUGACCUUGAUUUCUUCCCCUCUUAGCCUAGGGAAAAGACUGUCACCCUGCAAGUUGGCCACGGCUAGUAGAAAUGGGGUUGGUGGGGGUACUACCUUGUCUACUGCCACCUAAAUUUGUUUGUUUGUAUGUGUGUAUUCUGCAGUGCAAUAGUGGGUUAGGGUUAUUAUGUAAAUAAACUUAAAUGCUAUAACUGGUCAUGGUAUGCCAGGGCUGGUGUGCUUGUUUCAGUUGAUGAUAGGUAUUCUGUUAACUUACAGCAUGUUUUGUUUAUUGCUCACAGAUGCUCUGUUUAGUCAGACAUUGUACAGUCCUAUAAUUAAGAAGCCUGGGUUUGUUAGUGUGAGAGUGAUUGCUGUGAAUUUUUCCACUUAUGCUUUCUGGCUAUAAUAGAAAUUAGUUUUAGCUUUUUUAAGGGUGAAGGCAAAAAGAAAUGUGUGUUUUAUAUACUUGAAUAUAUAUCUAUAUAUUUUACUAUUUUUGUUUGUUGCCUCUUAUUUUUACUUUUUCACUAACAGAACUUGAUGAUUUUACUUACUAGCAUCUUAUACUUGUGUAUUUAAUAAUAUCUCGCUAAAAUUUUAAUAUUAAUUGUUAUAACAAGUAUAAGGGGGGUCUUAUUACCUUCCUAAUUUCCAUCUUUUCCUAUCUAAGCCUUUGAGUCUACACUACUCAUUUCUUAAGUGACCUUGAUUGCUGGACUUCUUUUCUUUCUUCCGAAAUGUAUCAAUUCAUAUCAAGUUUAAGUUAAAACUAACACAGUUCAAAAUGAAGCUACUUUCUUUUUCUUUUUCUUCUUUUUUUGACCUCAUCAAGCUAUAUUACUAAGAUUUUCUGCAAUGACGUGAUUUGUUUUAUCCCUUGAAAAAUACCAGAUUUAGUUUUUAAGUAUCCAAUUCAGAAUGUUACAACUGCAAGUGAUUUAAUUCUGCGGUGCAGUGUUUUACAAUCUUAAUCAAGUGUCAUAGUGGAAUAAUGUUGAAGUUGAAUGCUUUAGUAAUGACUUUCAUCUUGCAUAAAUUAACUUAAUGUUUGUCUUGAACAGUCAUUGUUUUUCAAAAUCCUCAUUUACUUAAUAAUCCAAUAUGGGGCCAUCCAUAAAAGACGUCCACCAAUUUUUUGCUAUUUUUUACCCCCCCCUCCCCCUUUGUCCACUUUUGUCCAGUUUUGACUUGACCCCCCCCCUCCCCCGUUGUGGACGUCCAAAACAUAAAAUUUACCGAACUUAAAUUAAUGAAUAAUUUGGGAAAAUGUACAACAAUAUAAAGAGUUUGUAUUUACAAAGAUUUUUUUUAGAAAUUCCAAUUAUUUGCAGGCAAAAUUCUAAAUGAAAUAAUAACUGUUCAAAAAGAUUUAAUGAAUCACUGUAUUAAAAGAUGUAAUAAACAAAUAAUCCACCAUUCUUCAAUCAACGGAAAAUUCGGACUGCAGCCAUUCAAACAUGUUUCGUAUAAUGACAACAUUUGUUCUUGAGUCUUCAAUUGCUAAUUCAAUUUGAGUGGCAGUCUCUUCAUCUGAUUCGUCUGCCAUAUUAUGCUCACUAGCAGGAAUAUUGCAAUGGACGACCUUAUGUUUUUUCAUUGCCGCCUGUGAUGGGAAAUAUUUACCGCAGAAACAUAUUCUCUUGGAAAUUCUCCCAGCCACCGAUGGACAAUAGAGAUCAAAAGGCAUGCUACUGUAACUGUGAUCGGGCUCCAGACCAAUCAGUGCAAGCCUCUGGAACAGUGAUCCAUAAGUACCACUACUACUACCAAUAGCUGCAGCCAUGACGCCUGCUUCAUGACUAAUAAAAGGUACCGGAGCUGGAAUGAAGCGUUUGGGAAAUAGUUCAUUACAGUUGGUUCGUCUUGCUCCACAGCAUGUUACAUCAUUACAUUUGAUGAUCUGCAGAGAAUAUUGAGACUUGCACAUGAUUCCAACACCAAUUCACAGAGGGAGACGGAAGAUUUGUGCUUGUGCUGCUUGGUUCAACAUACUGUGCGUGCACAUUAUAGCCAUCAAUGACAGCCUGACCCCUAACUUCAGCGAGUAUUUCCCCUGCCUUUUUAAAGUUUGCUUUUUCAAAGUUUUGGUCUAUAGUUUUACCAUUUGCGUCCAAGUGGGAUCCAAAAUGAUCAUGGGGAAGAAUGAGGCCUGACAGGUCAUGAGACAAAGGGGCCAUUCGUCGUUCUACCGCAUUGUAGGCACUGUGACCCGGAGCAUUACACGCUAUAAAGAAAGCAUCAAGAUUGUGCUUGGUAAACAAUUUAUACGCAGCAUUCAAUGUUUUUGGAUAACGUGGGUUCUCGUAUGGGCCUCCGUCAACGGUAAUAAUUGCUAUAGGCUUUACUAGUCCACCAUUUGUACAUGCCACAUUCUUGAAAAUAUCAAGAGAGACAAGUACAUCAAAAUCUGCAACAUGUGAUGCAGCAGUACUGGAAUCAUGUUUACCACUCCUUAUUGAUAUGGAUGUUGGUCCGGAAUAGGUCACACGACCAUCCUUGAUAAUACAUGCAGCAUAAACUGAAAUUUGUUUUUUAGAUUAAGAUUGUAUUUUUAAAUUUAAAUAUAUUUUUACAUUUUUUAGGAAAAUAAUUUGUUGUCCUAUAUCUAAUUUUUUAAUAAAAAAUAAAGUCAAAUUCAAAUAUUCCAGUCAUUUUUAACCCCAACACAAAAUAAAAAUCAUUAAAGAUUUUCUGGAAAAACUCUAAGAAUUUAACAAAACUGUUAUUUGAGAUGUUAUUGUAUUUGACAAAUCCAACUUUAACAACAUAUUUUUACAAUAAUAUUCAAGCGUAUUAAUUAUUAAUAUUGAAAAAAUCGUUUCUAAAUUUAACCACUCAGUUUGUGAAAGAUUUGUUUGGGUUUGCAUCCCAACUCUUUUGUCAUUAAACUAGAAGUUUUUAGCAGUAAAUUUAUGCAAAACUGUUGCACUCAAAAAAACACUACAAUGUGGACAUCCACUUUGUCCUAAACCCCCUUCCCCCCCUUGUCCACUUUAGUCCACUUUUUGCUGAACCCCCCCCUCCCCCCUUUUGUGUGGACGUCUUUUAUGGAUGACCCCUAUCCUAUUUCUGCUAUAAAUUAUAAGGAUUAUUGUAACUCAUGGUGGUGAUUUAUUGUAACUUUUGAUGGUAAUCGAAAUAAGAGGAAUGUUCAAUAUCAUUUUUAGAAGAAUAUUGAUGCACAGAGGAUUCUUGAUGUGCAAUUCUGAUUUUCUAAAUAUUCCACACUUAGAUAUUAUCAAUAAUACUUCCACUAAAUCCAUUUAUUUAUAUUUUCCUGCAGUAACCAAGACAACCAAAGACUUGGAGGCAGCCAAGGAAAACAUAGACCUCUCCCUGGCAACCCUGCCUCAUUCCCCACAAAAACACCAGAGCUUCCGCCACCAGCAAAGUCCACAGAAAUCUCCAUUCAAAAGGCUUGAAGACACCAUUUAGGUCUUUCAACAGAUACAAACAUUUCUCAAUCUGAGCAGCAUAUGGUGGAUAAAUUCAAUUUGAAUUAUGAAAUUUACCAGCCACAUCUUUUUCCAAUAUAUUCUAUGCAAACCACCGUAGUGCCUAGAAAUUGUUGAUACAUCAACAAUUUUGUCUUGUUGAUACAUCAACAAAUGUCCACUAAUGUUUAGUGCACAGCUGAUAUAAAAUUGUACAUCUAAUUGGACAUCUUUUUCUAUUUUCAUUAUCGUUUGGG